CUGGAUUCUUCUGGGGAAGUACUUGAGAGAGCAGAAGUAUCCCUCGACCGCGUUCUCCGAGCCCAGCGAUCCGCUUCCAACAUGCUGUCCAAGAUCCUCUUCUUCACCAGAUUCCUGCUCGCCGCGCUGCCCAUCAUGAUCGAGCGCUUCAUGCAGUCCCUGCGGGCGCGCAUCCACCGGCUGACCUACCGCGCCGUCGACAACCCGCGCAACAUCGUCAUCAUCGGCGGCUCCUUCGGGGGGUUCUUCCUGGCGCAGCGGCUGGCCAACAGCGUGCCCACGGGCUACCGCGUCGUGCUCGUCGAGAAGAAGUCCCAUUUCAACUUCACGUGGAUCUUCCCGCGCGUCUCGGUCGUCGCGGGCCACGAGCACAAGGCCUUCAUCCCGUACGGGCCGGGCGUGGCCGCCGCGCCCGCCGGCUCGCUGGUCUUCCGCCAGGCCCUGGCGACAUCCAUCGAUGACAAGACGGUCGAGCUGCAGGACGGCUCGAAGCUCGACUACGACUACCUCGCCAUCGCGACGGGGUCGACGGGCUCGCCGCCCUGGAACUUCACCACGGGCGAGAAGCGGGACGGCAUGGGCGUCUUCCGCGAUAUGCAGCAACGCAUCCGCGACGCCAAGGACCUGGUCGUGGUGGGAGGGGGAGCCGUCGGCGUCGAACUGGCUACCGAUGCGAAGUCAAAGUACCCAGAGAAGAACGUGUCCCUGAUCCACUCCCGCGAGAGGGUCAUGAACACCUUCGGUCCAAAGCUGCAUGAGUAUGCCAUGGGGAGGAUGAAUCUGUUAGGCGUUAACGUUCAUCUGGGAGAACGAGUGCCCGAAAAAGCAGAGAGCGAGGCCCCUUCCGUACUCACGCUGAAGUCCGGCAAGACCGUCCCCUACGAUGUCUUGAUCAAGUGCGUAGGUCUCAAACCCGCAUCCGGUCUCCUCUCGACCCUGUCUCCCUCCUCCAUCACCAGCUCCGGCAUGAUCGCAGUCAAGAAGACGCUGCAGAUCGCCGACUCUAAAUACCCAAACGUGUACGCUCUCGGAGAUGUGGCGGAGACAGGGGGCGUCAGGAUGGGACGAGCUGCUAGCCAGCAGGCGGACGUCGUUUCUUACAACAUCACGCGCGCAAUCCGGGGCAAGUCGCUCAGGGAGUAUAAACCGAUUCCGUUCAUGGAGGCUGGGAUCGACUUGACACUUGGAUUGGCCGACGGGUUGACGUAUUUCAGAGAUGGCAAGAAUGAGUAUUUGAUGCCGAAGUCGAAGCAGAUCGAUUUGGAUUCUGAGCUUACUUGGCAGUUGGUAGGCGCCACACCUUAUCAGGAUAAGGAGCAUGAUGCGUAAUAAUGACUGUUGGGUUGGGAGUAACUUACUUGCGUGUAAGAUCGCUAUUUCAUGUUCUCGGCGUCGCUCGAGUUCGCAUAUAGACAGGCGUGGGCCGAUACCUCUGUAUAUCAUAUGCGAUUCGCUGC